CUUUCUUCCAUCACCCCCACCAGCGAGCACAAGCUCCAGGCAGCUCCAGGUUCCCGAUUCAGCCUCACAGCUCACGACAACCCACGGCGCUUCUCACUUAGCACCAUUCUCUGACACAUUUUUCACGAGCGGUUCCCCUUCCCGCUACACGUCGUAUAAGAGCCACAGGCACGCGGGCGUCCUCGGACGGAGCAUGCUCGCCGCCAGGUCGUUGUUGUUACGCACACGGGCCGCCAGAGCUGCCUCUUCGACGUCGCCAACAAAGAACAAAAGCAACUGCAAUACUGUCCUCACCGCAUUCCGACCUGUCUCGUCGUCUGUGACACGGGCCAUCGCCAUGUCUUCGGUGCCAGACGUCAAGGAGAUUAGGUUCGGGCCCUUUGAGGUCACGAAGCAGGUCUUUUGCGUCACGCCCCUCUCCUUUGCGCUCGUCAACCUCAAGCCCAUCGUGCCGGGCCACGUGCUCGUGUGCCCGCUGGCCCCGCACCGGCGACUGACGGACCUCUCCCCCGCGGAGACGGCCGACCUGUUCACCACGGUGCAGCUGAUACAGCGGGUGCUGGCGCAGAACUAUUUCCCAACCGACGAGAACCUGGAGGGCCGCGGCCAAGGCGGGGACCCGUCGUCAUCGUCGUCGUCGUUGUCGUCGCUAGUAGGAGGGAGCUUCACGGUGGCGGUGCAGGACGGGCCGGACGCAGGGCAGACGGUGCCGCACGUGCACGUGCAUGUCAUACCGCGGGCCAAGGGCGACCUGGGCGAUGCCAUGGACGAAAUCUACGUGCGCAUGGCGGGCGAGGAGGGCAACGUGGGCGGCGCGCUGUGGGACGGCGUCAUGGGCAGGCGGCCGGUGCCCGGCGGGGGGAUGCCGCGCAUCGAGGACGUGGAGCGCAACGUGCGGACCGAGCGGCAGAUGCACGACGAGGCGGACCGGUACAGGGCGACGCUGCGGCAGAUGCACGACGAGGGGCAGAAGGAGAGGGGAGGCGGGGUUUCCAAGACAGAGGCCCCCAAGGCCGCCGAGCUGUGAGCGAGUCGGAUCAUGUCUGUAAGUGCAGGCUCGCCAUGGUUAUGCUUAUGGGAGGGCGCCAGGGUUUCUCUACGGCAAGAUGCUCUCCAAUAGACUCCAAGACUUAGUCAAGAUCUUGGGCACCGUUUUCCCCCAACGCAAUGCUCGGCUACACACGCAGCAGCGAGUGCGUCUGGCAUGAGGGCAUGACGAUGAUGGGCGUAGAAUUUUUGGUGACUUUCAGGUUCACUGGCUGGCAUGACAGAGGACACGUGCGAUGCAACGAGACACAGGGGGAUUGAUGAGGCAUUGCUUGCAGCUGAGUUGAUCAAAAGAAAAAGAAGGAGAAGAAGGGGGAGAAGGAGAAAAAACAAGAGGCGCAUCAUUCGCAGACAAAUCCCGUCAUGAAACCCCUGCUCCCUUAUCAUGCGCAGUCUAUUUGUUUGAAGUUCUUCUCCCC